AUGCUUUUCUCUCGGCUUUAUUCUGCAGUUAAGGCUUCACUGAAAUUUGCUGUUUACUCAAAUCUUCUCACAACUUUUUUCUUCGAUCAAGGCUCCCCUCAACUUCUUCCUUCCAUUAAGGUGUUCUCUCCCCUUUCAUCUACAGUUAAGGCUUCACUGAAAUUUGCUGUUUACUCAAAUCGUCUCAAAACUUUAUUCUUCCAUCAAGGCUCCGCUCAUCUUCUUCCUUCCAUUAAGGUGUUCUCUCCCCUUUCUUCUGCAGUUAAGGCUUCACUGAAAUUCGCUGUGUUCUCUCACCUUUCUUCUGUAGUUAAGGCUUCACUGAAAUUUGCUGUUUACUCAAAUCUUCUCACAACUUUAUUCUUCCAUCAAGGCUCCGCUCAUCUUCUUCCAUCCAUUAAGGUGUUCACUCCCCUUUCUUCUGCAGUUAAGGCUUCACAGAAAUAUGCUGUUUACUCAAAUCUUCUCACAACUUUAUACUUCCAUCAAGGCUCCGCUCAUCUUCUUCCAUCCAUUAAGGUGUUCUCUCCCCUUUCUUCUGCAGUUAAGGCUUCACUGAACUUGCUGUUUACUCAAAUCUUCUCACAACUUUAUUCUUCCAUCAAGGCUCCGCUCAUCUUCUUCCAUCCAUUAAAAUUUUACUGUUCUCUCCCUUUCUUCUGCAGCUUAAAUCAAGGCUCCCUCAACUUCUUCCUUCCAUUAAGGUGUUCUCUCCCUUCAUCUACAGUUAAGGCUUCACUGAAAUUUGCUGUUUACUCAAAUCGUCUCAAAACUUUUUUCUUCCAUCAAGGCUCCCCUCAUCUUCUCAUCUUCUUCCUUCCAUUAAUCAGGCUCGCUCAUCUUCUUCCUUCCAUUAAAACUUUUCCUGCUUUCUUCUUUCAUUAA